AUGGGCUUAGCAGAUGCCUUCCCUUUUGUGCAGAUGGGGAUGUCUCCUCUCCUCCAAACCCAGCUGGGUCACUAUGUGAAAGGGAAAAGCAGCCUUCGUGAGGCUGGCGCCAGCAUUAUUCGAGUGUCAAAAGAAGCCCGGAAGAGGUUCUUGGGCCCACUCCACCCAUCUUUCAACUUGGUGAAGAUCAUUCGGACCUGCCUGUCCAAGACUGUGCCAGACAAUGGGCAUGAGGUUGCAGCGGGACGUUUGGGUAUUUCCCUGACGCGGGUCUCUGAUGGAGAAAACGUGAUACUGUCAGACUUCAAUUCCAAGGAGGAACUGAUCCAGGCCUGUGUCUGCAGCACCUUUAUCCCUGUCUACUGUGGGCUGAUACCUCCAACCUUGCGUGGAGUGAGGUACGUUGAUGGAGGGAUUUCUGACAACCUGCCACGAUAUGAGCUGAAGAACACAAUCACAGUGUCUCCAUUCUCGGGAGAGAGUGAUAUCUGUCCACGGGACAGUUCCACAAACAUGCAUGAGCUGAGAGUCACCAACACUAGCAUCCAGUUCAACCUUCGCAACCUCUACCGCCUCUCAAAGGCCCUGUUUCCUCCGGAGCCACAGGUACUGCGGGAUAUGUGCAAGCAGGGCUAUCGGGAUGCACUGCACUUCCUGAAGAAGAAUGGUCUCCUUCAUCGUCCAAGUCCUGCCCGUCCCCUCCUUGCCAUAGAAGCCCCCCCAGAAGAGAAAAAAGAGGAAGAAACAGAAGCUGAGGACCAACUAGAGGACAAUACUGCCCUUGCUGUUGUUGAAGAGCACAUCUUCGAACACUUGCCUCCCAGACUGAACCAAGCUCUUCUGGAGGCUUGUGCUGAAAGAAGAAGUUUCUUGACUGGUAUCACCAACAUGCUGCCUAUACGUGUGGCCACGGCAAUGAUGGUCCCGUAUAUGCUGCCUCUGGAGUCUGCGGUUUCCUUCACUGUCAGGUUGCUGGAAUGGCUCCCAGAUAUCCCUGAGGAUAUUAGAUGGAUGAGGGAGCAGAUGACUGAAAUCUGCAGCUAUCUUGUGAAGAAAGCCAAGAAGAAACUGGGCAGCCAUCUUUCAGCCAGGCUUUACUAUCACCUUGAGCUUGGAGGGCCCCAGAGCCUGCCAAUUUCUUCUGCACCGGCUUGUGGUGAAGCACUGCCUAUGUGGAUGAGAAGCAACCGUUCCCUGUCUGAUGUCAUGAUGAAGUGGGAGGAGUACCAGCGCCAGCUCAUGCUGGGCUUGCUUUGCAUCAAUGUGGACAUGCAGGCCUCCCUCUUCCCUCGGGAAGGGUUUCAGAUAAAGCUUCCACCUCUAGACUGUGCGAAAGAGUGCCUGCCACUCUUCUGAGCCUGCUGCUGUGAGAGGAUGAGGGUGGGUGGGAAGGGGAGCGGAUGUAGGGUGGGACUGGUCUCAUCCCUCAGGAGCAGGGCUGCCCUGUGCUCGUGAAUAUGCUGCAAAGGGGAUUUCCCCGGGAUGGAGACUGGUGGAAUUGACUGUAGCCAUUUGUUGCCCACUGGGUCAGGCAAGGGAUCUCUGUGUUCAAAGGCACACGUGGGCUGAUACCUUGCUCUGGACUUGUGUUGAGGCCUGGCCAUUGCCUGUGGCCAGGCUGAUGCUGACCCAGCUGUGCUCUCCCAAAUAAUGCACUUUGAAUUGCCAUUGGCUUUUUGCUGCCAAAUAAUCAGGACAUAGAUGAUGCUCUCAAGUUCAUACAGCUUUUAGCUUCCUUUGAUUUUUAGAGCAUAAGUCUUCUUUUUUCUUAAAUCAUCUGACAUCCCCUAGCUCUUUGUGCUACUGAAAGAUGAAGUAGCUUCUUGCUAAACCAAUUUUUCUCAUGGCUUUCAAAUCUUGUCUUGACUUUCUUGUUUGCUGAAGCCAUGUUCUUUCCUCUGUCCCUUAACUGCAUCCCCACUGGAAGUCAGAGCUGGCACGGCUGCAGACUCACUGGGACUGCAGAAAUGUGAAAAAGUUAUGUAUUUACCCUGAUUCAUGUUGUCAUGGUCUCUCCCUUUUUUAUUUUUGUCCUCAUGGAACUUCUGCAGCUUGAACUCUGAGUGUUAAGUAAGUCAUUGAGCUUAUUUUAAAGAAGUAAUUUGGACAGAUUUUUUUUUUCCAGGGAAACAUGUUGAAUUUGAGGCCCCAUUCCUGUCACUGUGAAUGGAAUUAGUGUGGGGUUGCUCUGGAAAAGCUCAGCCUGACUGUCUCUGGAUCAGCUUAGCAGCUGAAGCAAUGUGAAGUGCUUGUAGGAAGGUGAGAUUGUGCAGGGGAUGUUGUUUUUGAGAGGCUUGUGGUGGAGUGUCACAGCAAGUGCUGGGGAAGUGGCUGCCUCUGACCAGGGGUCGGGCUUUGCCCCUUAAGGGACCAUGCAACUGAAGGAAAUUCCAAGUGGGUGAUACAGAAGGGAUCUCCUGCCAAACUGGGACUUGGCUCUAUCUUUUGCUUGAAGAGUUUGGACAUUGAGGCUUUGGAGUGAGAAGGAUGUAGGCUUGUAGCUAUACCAGCCUCACAGCUUGCCUCUCUCAUGUUGUGGCUCACAGGUACAGCUCUGCAGCUGGCAGUAGCAGAAGGGUAAGUGGAAGUGAAGUUAGGAGUGUUGGUGCACAUGCAGCCUGCUUGGAACUUGUUACGUUUGUCUUGUCCCUUAAAAGACCAGAGCUAGUGGGUCUUGUAGCAGGGCAGGACUCUGCCUUGUAAGGUACUGCCUUCUCAGUGGUGGUCCGGUUGUGACUUGCUGUGCAGAAGCAUGAACUCUCUGUUCUUCACAGGAUAAGACAUGGCUUCCUGUGGGGAUUGCAUGUACUUAAGCUUAAGUCCUUGCACUAUGACAUAAAACCAGCUCCUGGUAUCUUUUUCUGCAGCGUGCCUAGCUGCUUGAGGUGUCUUCUACCUCUCCUAGCACAAACAGUAUGCAACUGGCCAAAGCAAACAUACGCUGUCUUUGCUGGGAAGCAAGACGGUAUCUGAAGCUGAUUACAUAGCCUAUAGGUGGUAUAGUGAUUUAUAAUAGUCUCUUUUGCACCUGUGAUUUAGAAAGGGAAAAUAACCCCAGAAGUUCUACUAAUAGCUGGAGAAAGUAGUGAAUCUGCUCGAUCGUAUCUGCACAAGCAGUGUGGGUGAGGUGGUGGGUGCUGUUUCUUACCAGCACAAUUGUGCACUGGGCAUGGGGUUUGAGUGUUUGUGGUGGAGACUGUGAUAAGCAUCAGGACUUUUCUGCAGUGGCCAUUGCAAGCUGUGAGGCAAUAGAUUGGGCAGCUGUGGUGCUAACCAACUGUCCAGGAGAUGCCAGUGCAAAUAUGAACUUGUGACUUAGAGUAUCACCCCGCUGCCCUUCCUGGAUGUAACCUACCUAUGUAACACAAGGGCCUGCAUAGCUUAUGAAGCAGGCCUGCACUUAUGCAGUCAGAUUUAGUCUUAAGGUUCACAUAGUUAACGCAAUUAGAGAACAGGGAAGUUGCUAUGGGAAGAGAAAACCGGAGGAUUCUGAAACCACAAUUGGAAUAUUGGAUUAUAAAACAGGUCAAUCUUGUGAUUGUCUAAAGCCUGUGGAAAAAGCUUACUGCUAGAUGGAUAUAACUCUAAUCAAAGUGAACCAGCAACAAGCUACUGUCAGUUAGUGGGAGCAGAAUGAGUUUGAUGAAAAUUGGAAUUGAGAAAAGGUGUUUAUUUCAUGGUUUGCUGUGGGAUUUCUUUUCUUCCACUGCUUUGGGCUGCCUUCUUUAGGGGAAUGGCACAUGCACAGUUGCUUAGUUUGCGAGAUGAUAUCUCUUGUCCCUAAUGCACACAUAGCAAUUGGCGAGAACAUAUAGAUAUUUAGUGGCAAGAAAUGAGAGCAUUUUGUCCAGAAGCAAAACAUCUGUGAGGGGAAAAGCUGGAUGAGGAAAAUUUUGUGCUUAGAAGCUGCUGCCCUUUUGACUCUGCCUUGUUUGUGUUAAUACACAGGUGGAGAAAAUGAUGCAACUAUUUUUUUAUUUUUUUUAUCCCUUCUUCCUGGACUGGUAAAACCACUGAGUGAUUAUGUAAACCACUAAACUAUGAAACAAAAUUCUCUUGGCAACAGAGUGCACUAAGAAAUUGCAGCUUGGCACCCUUAUUCCCUGGAUCUCCUCUGUUCUCCUCUUGCAUCAAAACCAACUGGGCUGGUGCCAUUGUCUUCCAGUGCUCUGAUCCAGAAGGCUUGCUGGUUCUGGUCCAUGCGUUUCAACAGACAAACCGCUGUGCCUGGUAAAAGGCCUGAGUUUCAUUCUGUGUUUCACCUCAUCUUUGUUUAUUUUAUUAUAUUAACCUCUCAAAGAGAAGCUUUUGUACACUUCAAACUGUAACCACAAACCAAAGCCUGGCUUUAAAUAUAAAGGUCUAACUCU